GCCUACGUUUAUUUUCUUGUACAGAUAUUUUGGCUAUUGUUUACAAACAAUAUUUGGAUAGCAAUAUCGAGCGGGAAGGACACAAACCUAGACUAUUAUUCUUACUUUGAGCAAUCUGGAAAUCAUACAAACCGAGACAUACACACUUUAUUGGAGCAGCAUGGCUAUGAUAUCGUUGAAAAUCCUGGUAGUCCGCCGUGGGCACGACUUGGCGACAUCGUCUAUCCAGCCUCGUUGGUAUUACCGGAACUGGCUCAAACAGUCGAACGUGGUGCUACAUGGGCAGCCAGUCAGAAGUACAUAUGGUUAGAUAAGAAUGACAAAGCCGAAGUAUUCUACUUCUAUGACUCCAAGAGCAAAGCAAACCAGAAGCUGUUCGAUGAAGCAGUUAACGCCUGGUCAAAGUCGACAUGCAUAUCGUUCACUAAGAUGCCCAGCGGCGAGUGCUCUAAGAAAGCCUCGCACGCCGCUGUUUGUGUGCGAAACACGGGCAACUGCUGGUCUGCAGUCGGCAAUAUCUUCUCGUAUACGAAGGCCUACCAGCUGAUGUCAAUUGGAGAUGGCUGUGAACUAUACGCGGCUGUUCAUGAGAUGGGUCACGCGCUAGGUUUGCAGCACACCAUGGCUCGUGCCGAUCGCGACAGCUUCAUUACGGUCAACUAUGAAAACUUUGAGGUCAAGUUUGACAGCAAAGUGUCUUUGGAAAGUUCAAUGAAAAAAGACUGGUCGCAGGGCGCCGCGUGUAAGAAGGGUCAGGGCUUUCAGUCGACUACGCCACUCCCCUACGACUACAGGUCGGUGAUGCAGUACGGUGAGGCAGACUUUGGAGACGGAGACUCUCGCAUGAUCUUCGCCGCCAAGGACCCCCGCUACCAGUACAUGUUUGACUACACAAGAUCUGGUGGAUAUCUCCAGUCCCACUAUGAUCUGCUUCUCAUCAACAUGAUAUACAAAUGCGGCAAGCAAUGGGCAGCCUCCUGCAAAUCAGCUCCGAAGUGUGAAAAUCACGGAUAUCUGCAGAAAAACUGUAAAUGCGCAUGUGCUGCAGGUUUCCAAGGGUCAAGGUGUGAAAAGAAGCACGGAUCGCUGUUUCCGCCUUUAGACAGAGCCAAAGCGGUGAUUGACGACCACAGGGCCGGUUUUUAUAACUUCAAGAAGAGAGGCAUGCACACGAACAACAACAACUACCCACUCAGCAGGUUCAUCUACUACCAGUACGCCACGAUGUACCUCAGGGGACGGGAUAAGACCACCAUGGUCAGCGUGAGAGUGUUCGAGCCGGGUGAGGUGGCUCGGUCGUACUCCAUGAAGGCGUUCCAGGUGUCUGGCUUCUUCACGGACAUGGAUUCCAGAGACUGUGAGUUCGGAAUGCGCUUCUACUGGGGCGACUUCGCCAGCGGUCGGGUUCGCACUGAAUGUGUCUCCACAUUCAUCAACAACGAGCCCAAGUCCAACGCGCUCAUGCUGCGGGCCAAGACGAAUGUCAUCGGCAUCGUCAUCAUCGGGAAGCUGGGAGAGUUCUUUCCGUAUGCCGAGUUCACCAAGUGGAUGAUCGAGAUGCUUCAGUUCCGGGUGUGGUUCCUGACCAGGCCGCAGAGCGUGUUGAAGCUGCUGCAGUCCAAGGGUGGCCCCAAAGUGGUCAUCGGUGCGUCCACCACCGAGGACCCUGUGUUAGGUGGAAGCGCCGUGGCCGCGGCCAAGUCCCUGGCCGGAAACGGAGGGGUGCUGGCGGCUAUUAUCGGCGUGCCAGUGGUGCUGUUGACGCUGGCUGCCGGCGGGGUCCUGUGCUGGUGGCGCGCGAAGAAGAGUCGGACACCGCAGACCCUUGCGGACAAGCUGUUCGGCUCCCAGUCGGAAAGCAGCUCGUCCAGUAGUGACGACGACUGAUGGCUGAUAGGUGCAGCGCGGCACCCGUUGAUUAAAGUCAUUUUUCGGCCAUCGACUGCUGGAGCAAUAAAUUGGAGCGACUGCUUACUGUACCGCCUAUA